AUGAAGUUAAACAUUGCGUAUCCAGCUAACGGUACUCAGAAGUGUUUUGAGUUGUCAAGAAAAGAUGAACAAAAACUUUAUAGCAAGAAAAUAGGAGAUCAGUUUGAUGGAGGAUUGUUGUUUCCAGAAUUUGAAGGAAGCAUUUUACAGAUUAACGGGGGAAAUGACUACCAAGGAUUUUGUAUGUCAGCAAGCUAUGAUACUGAUAAGAGAAGAAAAGAAUUGUUGAAAGAAGGAGAUGUUGGUUACAAGUGUAGAGUAAAAGGAGUUAGAAAGAGAAAGUCAGUUAGAGGAUCAAGAGUAUCAAAUGAAAUUCAAGUUCUCAAUAUGAGUCUUAUUAGAGAAAACAAAGUAAUUGAAGGAUUGACUGAUUGUUUUAAUGAUAAAUCACAUCUUCCAAAGAGAUUAUCAAAACUUUGUAAAGAAUUUGGAUUACCAGAAGGAAGCAACAUUAGAAAGUUUAUUAAAGAAAAUCGUGAAGAUACAAGCAAGAGAAUGCCAAGAUUGAGAGUAAUUCUUCCAAAAGAUGAUAAAAUUGCAGAGAGGAAAGAAGCUGAUAAAAAAGCUAAACUCGCUCAAAAAGAAAAGAUCCAAAAAGAAAGAGAAGAAUAUCUUGCUAAAUAUGGUUCUAUAAGAUCUGAGUAA